CAGGUUUUUCGGUCGCAAGUAGGAAGCUUUUUGCACUACACCGGAGAGGGGGAGCCGCGGAGCCAGCGCGCUGCCGUGCACCGCCGCCGCGCCCGCUUCAGCCCGGCCCGGCCCCGCGGCGGCGCGAUGAGCCCGAGCCCGAGCCGGCCCGCCGGGGAGUGAGCGCGGCGCGGAGGGCGCGUUGCGCAGCUGCUCCUGCGCACAACCCGGCCGGCGGCCCGCACCGGCAGGAGUGAGCGCCGGUCCGCGCCCGACCGGCGCCGGAGCCGAGCGGAGCAGGAAGCGCAGGCCACGCAGGGACCCAAGUGAAACAAAGUGUCGGCCGCCGGCUGCGCGGCGCCUCGCCGGCCCUGCCCCGCGCCCCCCGCUCCACCGCCCACCAUGGCCUCCGAGGAGCUGUACGAGGUUGAAAGAAUCGUUGACAAAAGGAAGAACAAAAAAGGGAAGACGGAAUACUUGGUCCGGUGGAAGGGCUACGACAGCGAGGACGACACCUGGGAACCGGAGCAGCACCUGGUGAACUGCGAGGAGUACAUCCACGACUUCAACAGGCGCCACACCGAGAAGCAGAGGGAGGGCCCCUGCACCAGGGCCAGCCGGGCCUCCCCGAACAGCGCCAGGAAGCAGAUCUCCAGGUCCACCAACAGCAGCUUUUCCAAGGCCUCUCCGAAAUCUCUGGUGGUUGGCAAGGAACACGAGCCCAAGGCCAGCCCGCUGUUUGCCGCCGGCCAGAAGUUCAGGAGGAACCCAGCCCCGUCCCUCUCGAACCGGAAGAACAUGGACCUGGCCAAGUCAGGCAUAAAGAUCCUCGUGCCCAAGAGCCCCAUCAAGAGCAGGACCGCGGUGGACGGCUUUCAGAGCGAGAGCCCCGAGAAACUGGACCCCGUCGAGCAGGGGCAGGAGGACACGGUGGCGCCGGAGGUGGCGGCCGAAAAGCCGGUCGGAGCUCUGCUGGGCCCCGGUGCCGAGCGGGCGCGGAUGGGGAGCCGGCCCCGGAUACACCCGCUGGUGCCUCAGGUGUCCGGCCCCGUGACCGCGGCCAUGGCCACGGGGCUAGCCGUGAACGGGAAAGGUUCCUCCCCGUUCAUGGACGCGCUGACGGCCAACGGGACGACCAACCUGCAGACGUCAGUCACGGGCGUGACGGCCGGGAAGAGGAAAUUCAUCGACGACAGACGAGACCAGCCCUUCGACAAGCGGCUGCGUUUCAGCGUGAGGCAGACGGAAAGCGCCUACAGGUACAGGGACAUCGUCGUCCGGAAGCAGGACGGCUUCACCCACAUCCUGCUGUCCACGAAGUCGUCCGAGAACAACUCUCUCAACCCAGAGGUGAUGAAGGAAGUGCAGGGCGCCCUGAGCACGGCCGCCGCCGACGACAGCAAGCUGGUGCUGCUCAGCGCCGUGGGCAGCGUCUUCUGCUGCGGCCUUGACUUCAUCUACUUCAUCCGGCGCCUGACGGACGACCGGAAGAGAGAGAGCACGAAGAUGGCCGAGGCCAUCAGAAACUUCGUGAAUACUUUCAUUCAGUUUAAGAAGCCUAUUAUUGUAGCCGUAAAUGGCCCAGCCAUUGGACUAGGAGCGUCCAUCCUGCCUCUCUGUGACGUGGUUUGGGCCAAUGAGAAGGCUUGGUUCCAAACACCCUACACUACCUUCGGACAGAGUCCAGAUGGCUGUUCCACCGUGAUGUUUCCCAAGAUUAUGGGAGGAGCAUCCGCGAAUGAAAUGCUGCUCAGCGGACGGAAGCUGACGGCGCAGGAGGCGUGCGGCAAAGGCCUGGUCUCCCAGGUGUUCUGGCCCGGGACCUUCACCCAGGAAGUCAUGGUCCGCAUCAAGGAGCUUGCCUCCUGUAACCCAGUCGUGCUGGAGGAAUCCAAGGCCCUGGUGCGCUGCAACAUGAAGCUGGAGCUGGAGCAGGCCAAUGAGCGGGAGUGCGAGGUGCUGAAGAAGAUCUGGGGCUCAGCCCAGGGCAUGGACUCCAUGCUCAAGUACCUGCAGAGGAAGAUAGAUGAGUUCUGACGGCCAGGCUGCCCCAGACGACCCUGGAGUCGCAUCGCACAGGCCGGCUGGGGCUCCCGGGGGUGCGGACCCACCCUCACAGCCUGGAACAGGUUCAUGUGGAGCUCAGGCUUGGAAGCAGGACUUGAAACAGCCAAGCUAUUUAUUACCAAGGAGUUUUAAGUACUGUAACUUUAAAAUAAAUAACUACAAAGCU